AGGACAUGCAAGCGAAGCAGAUUGUCCUGCGAAGAAAAUGAUUUUCCUGUUGGUCCAGAUUCAGCAGUACUGCAGACUUGUCUAGCGCAAUAAAUUAUUCAGUAUGAACCUCAUAAAUAUGGACGCGGAAAACCGCGUCGUAUUGAAUGUGGGCGGCAUCAGGCACGAGACUUACAAAGCCACGCUGAAAAAAAUCCCCGCCACACGGCUGUCAAGGCUCACCGAGGCACUAGCCAACUACGAUCCCAUUUUGAACGAGUACUUCUUCGACAGGCAUCCCGGAGUGUUUGCGCAAGUUUUAAAUUACUACAGGACUGGCAAACUUCACUACCCGUCAGACGUAUGCGGUCCCUUGUUUGAGGAGGAGCUGGAAUUUUGGGGGCUGGAUGCCAAUCAGGUGGAGCCUUGCUGUUGGAUGACAUACACUCAGCAUCGAGAUACACAAGAAACCCUGGCAGUUUUGGACAGACUGGACUUAGAUACGGAAAAACCCAGUGAUGAAGAAAUCGCAAGGAAGUUUGGAUUCGAAGAGGAUUAUUUUAAGGGUACCCUCUCAUGGUGGCAACUUAUGAAACCGAAAAUAUGGUCCUUGUUCGACGAACCGUAUUCGUCGACUGCAGCUAAAGUGAUAGGAGUUCUCUCAGUAUUCUUUAUCUGCGUCUCGAUCUUGUCGUUCUGUCUGAAAACGCAUCCGGACAUGAAAGUGCCUGUAAUCAAGUUCAAGAGCAUCAGGACAGCCAACAACACGACUGAAAGCAUCAUUGACAAGACGGACACCGACGCGCACAUCGCGUUCUUCUACACCGAGUGCAUAUGCAACGCGUGGUUCACCUUCGAAAUACUCGUAAGGUUCAUCGCCUCGCCCAAUAAGUGUCAGUUCAUAAACUCCUCGGUGAACAUCAUAGAUUACAUCGCGACAGCGAGUUUCUACAUCGAUCUGCUUCUGAGGAAAUUCGCCUCUCACCUGGAAAACGCCGACAUAAUGGAGUUCUUCUCCAUCAUCCGCAUCAUGCGUUUGUUCAAGCUAACCCGACACUCAUCGGGCUUGAAAAUCUUAAUACAAACAUUCAGGGCCUCAGCGAAAGAGCUAACCCUGCUGGUAUUCUUCCUGGUACUCGGUAUAGUCAUCUUCGCCAGUUUGGUAUACUACGCCGAAAGAAUCCAAACUAACCCCAAAAACGAUUUCAAAAGUAUACCGUUGGGGCUGUGGUGGGCUCUAGUUACUAUGACAACUGUUGGUUACGGUGAUAUGGUGCCCAAGACUUAUAUAGGAAUGUUUGUUGGUGCCCUGUGUGCUCUAGCUGGUGUGUUGACGAUAGCUCUGCCCGUGCCGGUUAUUGUUUCCAACUUUGCUAUGUAUUAUAGUCAUACGCAGGCCCGAGCAAAACUGCCGAAGAAGAGACGGCGCGUUCUGCCGGUGGAACCGACAAGGGGCCCUCGGCUUCCAGGACAGGCCCCUCCAGGGACGGCGCCGCCUUGCAGCGGGGCCCCCCAAGGCCCCCAGGCGGCGCAAAACCGGCGCAUGAACGCCAUCAAGUCAAAUCAUCCGAAAGACAUGCUCGGAGGACCUUGUCCCAAGAUGGAUGAGGAAAGACGACUUUCCACAUUCCGUUCUAACGGAACCAAAUCGAACUCAGAUCUAAACUGUGAAUAAUAUCAGGGGGCUGAUCGGAGUGACGUCGUCGUUAAACCCAAACGGGGUUGGGUUAGAAUCAAAUCCAGCAUUCUUGAUGGGAAAGCCGAAAUUUGAACCGACCCCCUCCACUCCGCAUCAGCAACCCACACAAGUGAAUUUGGCCCAAUCAGGAUCCGGGCAAUGUUACACGACCACUGUGAAAACGAACAACAAUUAAGCUGCCAAAAGUAGAAAAACAUACAGAGUGAUUCAAAAGUAUUAAAUGUUUUCUUUAAAUUUCAAAGAGAUUUUUUAAUGACAAUUUUGUAUAAAUUUUUAGUGUAAAAGAAAUGCAAUUUUUGGAUUUUGGCUUCUUACAAUUCUGCGAAUUUUCCAAAUCCAUUUGUAAAAAUAAAUAAAUAAAUAAUUAAAUUUGUAUAUUUUUUCUAUAAACUUCUAAAGUAACGUUACACAUUUGACAUCAAUGAAAAAUGUAGUAUAAGUAUACAAAUACCUACAACAAAGUUAAUGUAAUAAUUUGUUUAUUAAAAUAUGAUUUAUUGGAUUAUUUUCGAAAUAUAUUUUUUUAUUGACAGAAUAUUAUUCAUUGGAAUAUUUAACAAUGUUAAAUAUUAAAUUAAAAAUAAAUCUGGCAUAAUCAUAAAAAAUACAAGCUUUCCUCGAAAAAAUUAUUGCAAAAUAACUUCGCGAUUAGGUGACGUUUUAUGGCUCCCUCGGUCUCCUGAUUUGACAUCAUGUGAUUUUAUAUGGUGAUACCUAAAAUGACGUGUGUACGAAAAUAAGCCCACUUCGUUGGAAUUUCCGAGAAAGGUUUUGUCAAUGGGUUUAUGUUAAUAGGCAUAAUAUGCACAUACUGUAUGUUAAAUCAUUUGUUCCAAUAAAUAGUGUUCUAGCAAUACAUUUUUAGAUAAAAAAUUACAGUUUUUAUGUCAGAUAUAAUUUUUCGCAGAUAGUGGAUGUUAAAUGCGUUUAAAUAUAAAGCAAAUAGUUGAAAUAACUAAGAUCAAAUGUAAAUAUUUUUCAAAUGCAGAAU